AUGAAUUGCAGGGAAGCUAUUCUUGUUUGUGGCAAGGACGGAUUUACCCUUAAAAGUGCAACCAUUAGAAUACCGGCUUUGGUUAUUAUUCUUAAUAUAUCAAACUACGCAUAUUACUAUGCGUUAACAUUUACAUCUCCUACAGACGUUAUGGCGGUUUUUUCAGCUUCAACAGCUUUUGUUUAUAUUUUCUCUAUAAUAUGGCUAAAGGAACCAUUUAUCGUUGUUCGGAGCUUAGCGGUGCUGCUAUCCAUAGGUGGUGUAGUCUUAGUAGCCUAUUCUGAAGGAUUGGGAUCAUUUAAGACGAUUGGUGUAUUAUUAGCUACUGCAAGUGCUCUUUUUGCAGCAUUUUUUCGAAUUUUCGUCAAAAAGUGCAUUGUAAAUCCAUCUGUGGGUCAAUCAGCGAUGCUUAUAACCCUAAUCGGCUGUUAUUCAAUGGUGAUAUUAUGGAUACCGACUCUCAUUUUACAUUUGACUGGAAUUGAAGUGCUAACCAUCGCUAGUUUCCCUUGGGAAAUUUUUGCGAUUGCUUUUUUUUAUGUUUUAUCCGUUUUUCUUCUCUGUAUUGGAAUAUCAAUUACCUAUCCAGUUUAUGCUUCGUUAGGCUCUUUAUUUGCUAUUCCUAUGAAUGCUGCAAUCGAUGUAUCUCUUCGACAAGAAAUAUUCAAUUUAUACAAAAUAUUAGGGACAUUGUCUUUAAUAGUGGCAUUUUUAAUUCUGACUAUACCCAUAGAGACUGUUUUAGCAUUCUCUUCUAGAUUACAAUCUAUAACAGCGCGUAGGCGAAAUAGACGGUUGGCUCCUUAUGAUGAUCAAUGA